GAGAAUAAGAGAUAGAGAUAGAAAAAGGCAAACUUUUAUGAAGAACAAGAAUAAGAGAGAGAUAGAGAGCUUUUAGAGAGAGAAAGUAGUGUGUGUAUGUGUCUGAAGGGUGUAGCAGCAAAGGGGGCAGUUUAAAGUGGAAUUGCAGCAUUUGGUCUCUGGAAUCCUCAACAUCCCAUCCUUUUCCAAAGCUCCGCUUGUCUCCUCCGUCUCUUUCUCUUUCCGCCGUUUCUCCGGCGACCAUUUCCCGCCGGGAAUUUCAUCCGGCUCCGCCAGGAGUAGUCUUUAAUAGUAAACCAGCUUGGGGGCCUCUUUAGCCGUCUUUCCUUAUUGGGAACUUAGGGAAACGUAUCUAUGUUUUCCUGAAUCAAGAUUGCUGCUUUCUGGGCAAGGUUUAGAGAUACCGGAGCUCCGAUUUAGUGGCGGCGGAGAUGAAUCUCCGGUAAGGGCUAUCUUAGUGUUCGUUUUCAGCUCGGAGAGUGACUUUUUUGGCUAUCAUGAAGACCACGCCAGCGGCGGCUAACCCCAAUCCAUCUGAAGCUGAGAAGAAGAGCAUAAACCCAGAGCUAUGGCAGGCGUGCGCCGGACCUCUGGUGAAUUUGCCGGUGGCUGGGACCCACGUCGUCUACUUCCCCCAGGGCCACAGCGAACAGGUUGCAGCAUCAAUGAAGAAAGAUGUGGAUGCUCAAAUUCCAAACUACCCAAACCUCCCCUCAAAAUUAAUAUGUUACCUCCAUAAUGUCACCCUGCAUGCUGAUCCAGAAACCGAUGAAGUAUAUGCACAGAUGACACUCCAGCCAGUUCCUUCGAUUGACAAGGAAGCAUUACUGAGAUCAGAUUUAUCAACGAAGGUGAACAAGCCUCAGACGGAUUUCUUCUGUAAGAACUUGACUGCUAGUGAUACAAGUACUCAUGGAGGUUUCUCAGUACCUCGUCGUGCAGCAGAGAAGAUUUUCCCGCCUCUGGAUUACUCGAUGCAACCACCUGCUCAAGAACUAGUUGCUAGAGAUUUGCAUGACAACAUCUGGAGUUUUCGCCAUAUAUAUCGUGGACAACCAAAACGACACUUGCUGACAACAGGGUGGAGCCUUUUUGUCAGUGGCAAGAGGCUUUUUGCUGGUGAUUCCGUCUUGUUUAUUAGGGAUGAGAAGCAGCAGCUUUUGCUAGGAAUAAGACGAGCAAAUAGGCAACCCACAAAUAUGUCAUCAUCAGUAUUGUCAAGUGACAGCAUGCAUAUAGGGAUCCUAGCUGCUGCCGCCCAUGCAGCUGCAAACAACAGUCCGUUUACUGUGUUUUAUAAUCCAAGGGCUAGUCCUUCAGAGUUUGUUAUCCCUUUGGCAAAGUAUUACAAAGCGGUUUAUGGGAAUCAAGUCUCACUUGGCAUGCGGUUCCGCAUGAUGUUCGAGACAGAGGAAUCAGGAACAAGGAGGUAUAUGGGCACCAUUACUGGUAUUACAGAUUUGGAUCCGGUGAGGUGGAAGGGUUCACAGUGGCGUAAUUUACAGGUUGGUUGGGAUGAGUCAACUGGCGGGGAGAGGCGAAGUCGAGUCUCCAUUUGGGAUAUAGAGCCGGUUGUAGCGCCAUUUUUCAUUUGCCCUCCAACUCCUCAAUUCUUUAGACCAAAGCGUCCACGGCAACCGGGAAUGCCAGAUGAUGACGAACUGGAUGGGUUUUUCAAGAGGACAAUGCCAUGGGCUGGCUGUGAUGACUUUGGCAUGAAAGAGCCCCAAGGUCUUCCUGGUCUGAGCCUAGCACAGUGGAUGAACAUGCAGUCAAGCAACAACCCAUCACUGGCCACCACAAUGCAUCAAUCAAACAACUACAUGCCUUCCUCCUUAUCUGCAUCAGUUCUUCAGAACCUUUCUGGUGGAGGCGACAUCACACGGCAAUUAGGCCUGCCACAAAUUCCUCAGCAGAACAAUUUGCAAUUCAACCCCCAGCCACCCGCCACUAUGAACCCAUUACUCUCAUCUAUUGUACAGCCACAUCAGCAACAAUUGCCUGAUCCUUGUCAGCAGCAGCCAAGACAAAGUUUGAUUAACCAAACAAACCAAGUUCAAGCGCAGAUUCUGCAAGCCCAAAAUCUGGUGCAGUCACAAACUGUUCAUCAGCAACAACAAACCAUGCAAAGCCAACUCCACCAUAGGAAUCUGUCCCCACAGCCACAUCAGCAGCAGCAGAUGCUGAGUCAGAGUCAGCAGCAGAUGUUGAAUCAGAGUCAGCAGCAGAGCUUUGGGGCAUCAUCCCAUCCAACCAAUCCGAUGAUCACCCAACAGCUCCAUUUGCCCGAUAAUAACCAACAAUUACAGUUCCAACUCUUGCAGAAAAUCCAGCAGCAACAACAAUUGCAACAACAGCCUUCUCAUCAGCUCAACCAGCUACAGGAUGUGAUUCAAUCGCUUCCACAAUCCCAUGUGACAAUAAACAACAACCAGACAAAUCUUAUGUUUUCUCAACAACCUCAGCUACCAAAGCAUCAGCAGCCUAUGUUGGCUGAAUUGCCUGGACCUGUUGGACAGACAAAUCAACUUUCUGUAACAGGUGGCCAGUCAAUCAUUACUGAUGAUGUUCCGUCAUGUUCAACCUCUCCAUCUACAAAUAAUUGUCCAAACAGGGCUCAGAAUGGUAUUACACAGUCUUCCACCAUUAUUUUGAGUUCCAGUGGUGGUCUGGAAACCGCUAUGUCCGGUAAUAGCAACUUAGUUAAAGAAAUGCAGCGGCAGAAGAGCGAAAAUAGGAAUAGUAGUAAUAAUAAUAAUCAUAAUAGUAAUAAUAGUAAUAACAAUAAUCACCCAUUGAUGACGAUGUCAAAGAGUCUGCAGAAUCAAGGGUUCUUGACACCUCAGGCUUCGUACCAUAAUAAUAAUGGUUCAGCAGGACAUAUGGAUUACUUAGACAGCUCGUCUUCAGCAACUUCUAUAUGCGUCUCACAAAACAAUGCCCCAUUGCAACACUGCCCAAAUCCAACGAUGUCUUUUGGGUCUCAGCCAAUGUUCUUUAGGGAUUUAAGUCAAGAUGGAGGAGAAGCUGGUGGUGAGCAAAGGUCUCCUUUCACCACUAACAUUGAUGAUGGCCAGUUGGAAAUGCCGAUGAUGACUUCCCACGAUCCUCCUUUGAUACCAAAGAGUUUGGUUGGAGGUUCAUUGAAGGAUUUCUCAUCAGGUGGAGGAGGAUAUGAAAACCACCACCCCAAGGGAGCUCAGCCUACUGAACUAUCAUCUUCCAUGGUUUCUCAGUCUUUUGGAGUUGCAGAUAUGGGGGGUUUUGCUUCUUUAGAUUCUGCCAUCGAUGAUGGUAGUUUCAUGAAUGGAGGAGGCAACUGGGCUCAACAACCACCAAUGCCUCGUUUGCGAACUUAUACCAAGGUUUACAAACGUGGGGCUGUUGGACGGUCAAUUGAUAUUACGCGUUACGCAGGCUAUGAUGAACUGAAGCAAGAUCUAGCUAGAAGGUUUGGUAUUGAAGGGCAACUGGAGGAUAGACAGAGAGUAGGUUGGAAACUUGUAUAUGUUGAUCACGAGAACGAUGUUCUUCUAGUUGGUGAUGACCCUUGGGAGGAAUUCGUGAGCUGUGUUCGCUGCAUCAAAAUACUUUCACCACAAGAAGUCCAACAAAUGAGCUUGGAUGGAGAUUUUGGGAACAAUAACAAUGUCCUCCAAAAUCAAGCAUGUAGCAGUUCUGAUGGUGGGAAUGUAUAAUUGUAUGUACAGUUUAGCUGCAUGAAGGAAUUCAUUUGAUUGUUAGAAGUUUGCUGCUAUCAAAAUAUUCUGCAACGCCGUUUUUGGGUUCUUCAACCUUCAUACUCAUUCACAGGAAGGGGAAAAGAAAAGCAAAACAGAUUGACUGUGUUGUAUAGGAACAUGGUUUUAGGAAUUAUGGUGAACUGAUUGUUCUUCAAUUAAUCUGGAAAUUUCCUUGUUGAAUAGGAGCUGUGAGAAAAGUUGUCCUCUAGAGAGUUUUUUUUUUUAAUGAAUGUUUGUGCAAUACAAUGUAGUGUCUUCUGAAUGUAUAAAAGUGUAGAUUUGUUGUGACAUAUAUCCAAGCAAGUUUCUAAAGUGAAGAAUUUGUCCGAUGCUCAAACUCUAGCAAGUCUUUAUCAUAGAUGAUUAGAUGAAUUCAUCAGCAAUCCGUAAUU